AGCCGCAGCGUGGCAAGCGCCGGUGUCGGGGCCGGGCAGGGGGCACCCCCCGAGCAUCCCCCUGGGCGGGAGGAAGCCCAAGCAGCAGGGAGAGGCUGCGCAAGGGGGCACUGGGGCAUGCCAGGCGGGGCGCAGCACAGCAGCCCCAGGGCAGCAUCGGGCCUGCUGGAGGCACUGAUUUCCUCCUCGUCCUCGUCCUCGUCCUCCUCCUCCUGCUCCUGGCAGCCCGACGGCACCUGCGUGCCCAUGGAGGUGGUGCUGAUGGAGAAGGUGGGCUCUGGCUGCCACAACAUCAUCGAGCUCCUUGACUGGUUCGAGCUGCCUGACAGCUUCGUGCUGGUGAUGGAGCGUCCGGAGGCAUCGCAGGAUCUCCUGCAGUUCCUGCUGGAGCAGGAGUUCCUGUGCGAGGAGAUGGCGCGCUGGCUUUUCUGCCAGGUGCUGGAGGCCGUGCGGCACUGCACCGCCUGCGGCGUCCUGCACCGGGACAUCAAGCCGGAGAAUCUCCUCGUGGACCCGGAGAGCGGCGACCUGAAGCUCAUCGACUUCGGUUGCGGCACCUUCCUCCAGGAGCAGCCCUUCACGCACUUUGCCGGUGAGCCCAGGGCCCGGGCCCUGCUCCCGGUGCCAGGCGCUGCACGGCGCCACUGCCUGGGGGGCUGCGGGCUGCGGCCUUCAGCCGGCUGCCCUUUGGCGCGGGGCAGAGGCCGUGUCCCGGGAGCCGGCUGCCGGCUGGCGGCCGAUAGAGGGGGGCGGCAAAAGCCGGCUGCCGGCCUCUUGGCUGGGCAGGCCGGCAAGGGCUCGGGCCGCUGCUGCGCCGGCCCUCUUUGCCUGGCAGAAUGGUUCCUUGGCUCUGGCCGGCCGGCUGGGGGACGCAGGGUGGCCUCGGGGGGGAAGUUGUGGCGGCGGGCGGGCGCGGCCCGUGCCUGGGCCAGGAGGCUGGCGCGAGGCUCUGCAAGGCCGCGGCCCGCGCCUGGACAGCGCCGCCCGUCUCCCCUAGGAACGCACGCGUACAGCCCGCCCGAGUGGAUCUGUCUGGGCUGCUACCGGGGCCAUGCGGCGACCAUCUGGUCCCUGGGCGUGCUGCUGUACGUCAUGGUCUGCGGGAGCCUCCCCUUCCGGGACGACCGUGAGAUCGUGCUGGGGCAGCUCUUCUUCGGGCAGCAGGUCUCUCCAGGUGGGUGUCCGGCCUCAAGAAGGCGGGCUUUGGCAGGCGGCGGCGCGCAGGCCCGCGUGGCCCUGACGCGGCUCGGCGGAAGGUCGAUCUGCCCCCAGGGGCCGGCCCUAGGAGGCGGCCCUGUCCCGCCGUGCCGCUCUCCCGCGCGGGGCAGAGUCGGUCGGGAGGCCGGCGCGGCCCCGAGGGCGCGCAGCGAGGCCGGGGCCCCGCGGUGGCCGGGGCCAGCUGGGCGGGAGCCUCGUGCCAGUGACCGACCGGCGCUUUCCGGCUUCUCUCCCCAGAGUGCCAACACCUGAUCCGCUGGUGUUUGGCCAAGCACCCCGCGGACAGGCCCGAGCUGGAGGAGAUCUUGCGCCACCCUUGGGUGCGGGGCCGGCGUUUCUGAUGCCUUGCCGGAGCCUCUGCAGCGCCCGCUGACCGGAUCCCACGCAGGACCGAGGACCCGAGAAAUACAACACCACCAAACCCCUUGUGAUGCGUCGAGUCUGGUCCUUGUCGGCAACCUCAGCUAAAGAAAGCUC